AUGAUCAUGUCAGCUGCCACUAUGUCUACGCAAAAGAACUCCGUGGGUAAAGUGGCUACGCUUUGGGCAGGUGAAGGGCAAGCUUCAAAUACCACCUCGUCAGUCGAAGAAAAUGUCGCCUAUCGAUUUGUUCUUGACCGUAAGGUCCAAACGAUAUCGAGCAAUAGCAUUCCUAAGGACGGAUUGGUAUCAGGCCUCUUGUUUGUACCCAGUCUAGAUCCGCACGAUCCGUGCUAUGACAUUACUGCUCCAUCCGUGCCGUCAAACGUGACCCGCUAUGAAGAUGUGUCAGAAUUCGGAUACUCCCUCGUUGGCCUUGCUCCAUGGGUAACUGCCGAAUGUUCGCUAUCGUUCCUCUCUGCCGCCCAAAAGGUCGGCACGCAUGCUAUGAUCUUUUUCCAGCCAUCAGACAACGAGACCGGCAUACCACCUGACUCAAACGACUCUCGUUGGGCAAUCAACGAUGGAGAUAAAUGGAGAAUGGACAACAAUUACCCAGUGUAUGCCAUCUCAGGCCCAGCUGGAACCUCAUUGAUCAAUGAUCUUUCGUGGUAUUCAAAUGCGACACCCGAAGACAAGAGAGACAACUCAACCGAAAAAUUUGCGCUACAGACCGAGACGAGCCGAUUGUUUGCCAGGAUUGAAACUGGCGAAGAAGGUACAACCUCGUCGACGAGCGUCUGGAGUUUUGUACUUGCAAUUGCAGGGACAGUUCUUAUACUCAGUAUCCUCCUGAUCAUUAUUUAUAGACUUGUCCUGCGCAAGAGACGGGCUCAGCUCCAGAGACGUAUUAAUGCAGGUCAAGUCGACAUCGAGGCCUUGGCAUUGAACCAAAUGACGGCUCCUCAAGAGGUUGUUAACAAAAUGCCACUUUACACAUACUUGGAGAUCAAGCCUCCAGCAGAAGCAACGGUUUUACAAGAUGAUACAUUGGCAAGCCCAAUUGAGCAUGAUUCUGGCGAAAAGACCAACUCCCUAUUGCCUAACGAAGACAACCAUGCCCAGGACGAUGCUGGUAUCCAGAAACCCGAAGCCGCGAUGAUCAAACCUGAACAGAAUGAUUCUUGCAGAAGCAAGUACCGCCUGAGCCAUACCCAGACAACUUGUGCUAUUUGCCUCGACGAUUUUGUUGUUGGAUCAUCUACAUGGGUCAACUCGCUAAUCGCUAGCGUCCCACACACAACCUCUGCCUCUAGACGUUUUCCUCCUCGAACUUUUUGCGACAACGACAACCGACGACCUCGUACAGCCGACAAGAUGGGUGCCCUCAAGUACGUGGAAGAAAUCCAGAAGAAGAAGCAGUCCGAUGUGAUUCGCUUCCUGCUGCGCGUCCGAUGCUGGGAGCUCCGCCAGCUGAACGCCAUCCACCGUGCCUCGCGCCCCUCGCGCCCCGAUAAGGCCCGUCGUCUCGGUUACAAGGCCAAGCAGGGUUACGUUAUCUACCGUGCCCGUGUCCGCCGCGGUGGCCGCAAACGCCCUGUUUCCAAGGGUGCCACUUUCGGCAAGCCCACCAACCACGGUGUUAACCAGCUCAAGUACCAGCGUGCUCUCAAGUCCACCGCUGAGGAGCGUGUUGGCCGCCGCGCUGCUAACUUGCGCGUCCUGAACUCCUACUGGAUCAACCAGGACUCCACCUACAAGUACUACGAGGUUAUCCUUGUCGACCCCCAGCACAAGGCCAUCCGUCGUGAUGCCCGCAUCAACUGGAUCUGUAACCCCGUUCACAAGCACCGCGAGUCCCGUGGCCUCACCGCCACUGGCAAGAAGUCCCGUGGUAUCAACAAGGGUCACCGCUACAACAACACCAAGGCUGGUCGCCGCCACACCUGGAAGCGCCAGAACACCCAGAGCUACUGGCGUUACCGUUAA